UUAAAUAAGGGAAGAAGAUGAUUUCUCAUUUCUGGACUCCUCACCAAAAGGCUGUCUUUCAGCAGAGUGGAAGGGUAGUUUGAUGCUGAGCACGAAGGCUUCCUACAAUGAGUUACUGGAGUCUGGAUAAGAAAAGCUGUCUGCAGUACUGCCGGCACUUCUUAGCGGACAACGGCGUGUUUCACGUUGAAAGAUGCAUGAGUGUUAUGCAGUCUGGGACUCAGAUGAUUAAACUGAAGAGUGGAACCAAAGGGCUAGUUCGUCUCUUCUACCUGGAUGAGCACAGGACCUGCAUCCGAUGGAGACCAUCCAGAAAAAGUGAAAAGGCAAAAAUUGUCAUUGAUUCCAUUUACAAAGUCGCUGAAGGCCGCCAGUCUGAAAUCUUCCACCGCCAUGCAGAGGGGAACUUUGACCCAAGCUGUUGCUUUACUAUUUAUCAUGGUAACCACAUGGAGUCACUGGAUCUGAUUACAUCUAAUCCAGAGGAGGCUCGCACCUGGAUCACAGGACUGAAAUAUUUGAUGGCUGGAAUAAGUGAUGAGGACUCCCUUGCUAAACGACAGAGAACUCACAAUCACUGGGUGAAACAGACCUUUGAGGAGGCUGACAAGAAUGGAGAUGGCCUGCUGAAUAUUGAAGAGAUCCACCAGCUGAUGCAUAAACUAAAUGUUAACUUGCCCCGCCGGAAGGUCCGACAAAUGUUUCAGGAAGCUGACACAGAUGAGAAUCAGGGAACCCUAAAUUUUGAGGAGUUUUCAGUAUUUUACAAGAUGAUGUCCUUACGACGAGAUCUCUACUUAUUGCUCUUGAGCUACAGUGACAAGAAGGAUCACCUCACUGUUGAAGAACUUGCUCAGUUUCUGAAGGUGGAACAAAAGAUGAAUAAUGUGACACCAGAAUAUUGUCUUGACAUCAUACAGAAGUUUGAAGUAUCAGAAGAAAACAAGGAGCAAAAUGUUUUGGGUAUUGAAGGUUUCACCAACUUUAUGCGCAGUCCUGCUUGUGAUGUGUUUAAUCCACUGCAUUGUGAAGUGCACCAGGACAUGGAUCAGCCCCUUUGUAACUACUUUAUUGCUUCAUCUCACAAUACGUACCUGACAGGAGACCAGCUUCUGUCCCAGUCCAGAGUGGAGAUGUACGCACGAGUACUGCAAGAUGGUUGUCGAUGCGUUGAAGUGGAUUGCUGGGAUGGUCCAGACGGAGAGCCAGUAGUGCACCAUGGCUAUACCCUUACUUCUAAAAUAUUCUUCCGCGAUGUGGCAGAAACUAUCAAUAAAUAUGCCUUCAUCAAAAAUGAGUUUCCAGUGAUACUGUCUAUUGAAAACCACUGCAGUAUUCAACAACAAAAGAAGAUUGCUCAGUACUUAAAGGAGAUAUUUGGUGACAAACUGGACUUGUCAUCUGUAGUCGCUGGAGAUUCCAAACAGCUUCCUAGCCCUCAAAAUUUGAAAGGCAAAAUCCUAGUGAAGGGGAAAAAGCUGCCAUACAGUCUUGGAGAAGAUGCUGAGGAAGGAGAAGUUUCAGAUGAGGACAGCGCUGAUGAAAUUGAAGAUGACUGCAAGUUAAAGCUCUGCUAUAGUAAUGGUGCAACUGAGCACCAGAUGGAAUCUUUUAUAAGAACAAAACUUGAAUCUCUGAUAAAAGAAUCCCAAAUCAGGGACAAAGAAGAUCCUGACAGUUUCACUGUGAGAGCACUACUAAAGGCAACACAUGAGGGUUUAAAUGUUAACCUGAAACAGAACCUGGACGCAAAAGAAGGUGGAAAAAAGUCUCAUGGCCGAUCAUUAAUGGGCAACUUCGGUAAACACAAAAAAGCCGUGAAGACAAGAUCCAAAUCCCAUAGUGCAUCUGAUGAUGAAGAAAGUCAGCAAAAUCCUUCUGGAAAGGAAACAGGACAGCUCCACAGCAGACUGGCUCAUCGGAGAAAAACUGUGAAGCUGUGCCGAGCUCUGUCUGAUCUAGUGGUAUACAUGAACUCCGUGGCAGCCCAGGAUAUAGUCGAUGAUGGAUCAACAGGGAACGUGCUAUCGUUCAGUGAAACGAGAGCCCACCAAGCAGUGCAGCAGAAAGCUGAACAGUUUAUGCUUUACAACCAGAAACAGCUUACAAGGGUGUAUCCAUCUGCAUAUCGGAUUGACUCCAGCAAUUUCAAUCCUAUACCAUAUUGGAAUGUUGGUUGCCAGUUAGUGGCACUGAACUACCAGUCUGAAGGACGCAUGAUGCAAAUAAAUGAAGCAAAAUUUAGGGUAAACGGCAACUGUGGUUAUGUCCUCAAACCUCAGCAGAUGUGCAAAGGUACCUUCAACCCCUACUCUGCUGAUCCACUUCCUGCCAGUCCUAAAAAGCAGCUUAUUCUGAAAAUCAUCAGUGGACAGCAGUUACCUAAGCCUCCUGACUCAAUGUUAGGAGACAGAGGAGAGAUAAUAGAUCCCUUUGUUGAGGUGGAAAUAAUUGGAUUACCUGCUGACUGCUCUAAAGAUCAGACAAGGGUGGUUGAUGACAAUGGGUUUAAUCCUGUUUGGGAGGAAACACUCACUUUUACCAUCCACAUGCCUGAAAUAGCUUUGGUUCGAUUUCUUGUUUGGGACCAUGACCCUAUUGGGCGAGACUUCGUUGGACAAAGAACUUUGGCCUUUAGCAGUCUUGUGCCUGGUUAUCGCCAUGUGUAUUUAGAAGGGCUGACAGAAGCAUCCAUUUUUGUUCAUAUAACCAUUAAUGAAAUCUAUGGAAAGUGGAGCCCUUUAAUCCUCAAUCCCAGUUACACAAUAUUGCACUUUCUAGGAGCCACAAAGAAUAAGCAGCUGAUAGGACUCAGAGGGUUGUUUAACAAGAACCCUAAGCACAAUUCUGCUGAAAACAACGGGCACUAUGUACGGAAGCGAUCUAUCGGCGAUCGAAUUCUCCGGCGCACGGCCAGUGCACCAGCAAAAGGUAGAAAGAAAAGUAAAAUGGGUGUUCUGGAAGCUAUUGAAAUUAAAGACAGUGCAUCUGAACCAACAGACCUGAGAGACAAAGAAGGAGUUAUAAGGCGUGCAACCCGGAGUUUGCAAGCACGUCCUGCUUCUAUGCCAGUGGACAAAUAUCUUCUUGCAGGAUUGCCAUGCGCAGCGGGUGAAACUGUUCAAGAUGCCAGAGGAAGAGAAAAUGCAUCUGCCAACAGUGAUGCUACAACUGAGAAGGAAACGAACUUGAAAGAAUCUGGUUCUACAUACAAUGCAGCUAUUUCAAAUUUGGCAUCCGUUUUUAAAAAGGAGAAUUCCCAGAUGGAGACUGAAGCUGACUCUUCUCUAAUACGACCCCUACAGGAAAAACCUGUAGUUUUUGCAGGUGGGGUAGCUGAAACAAAUCACCUCACAGGGCAUGAGGAAAAUCAUCCUUCUGGUGAAACUGAACCUCUAUUAUGGGACUCUGGUUUUGAACUUGUCACAGAAAAAACACAAGACAAAAAUUGUGCAGACCAUAAAAGGGAAAAUGACACAGAAGUAUCUAAGGAGGAGGAAAAAGUAACAGUGGUGGGAACAUCCUUUUCUCAGAAAGUAGAGGAUAUUGAAAAUCAUAAAUAUGACAUCAUCAAGAAAAGCACCGCAGCAGCUUUUUCACUGACAGAUAUUUCUUCUGCCAUCUGCUCUGAUGUUCCUGGCUUUCACUCCACUUCAACCAUGCAAGACAGCGACAUUUCUCGUCUUAUAGAUGAAGUUUCUUUAAUGAAUGGGAGUGAGAUGGAUAGCUCUGUCUCGGCACUGAUUGGGCAGUUUGAUGUCACAGAUGACCAAACUAAUCUCACUGUGGUCUCAAGUCUCCAUGGAGCUAGCAGCCAGACCUUCAGUGUGGUGUCUGCACAUCCGCCUAUGCUUACUGAAGAUGUUAACACUCCAUGUAAGAGCAACUUGACUACCAUAAAAUCUCCUUUAUUCUCAACUCCAGAUACUACUGUGUUCUCCAGCCCUGAGACUACAGAGUAUCCUGUGUACACGAUUAUCCAUGAGGCAUCUCUUACACCAACUUCUCAAUGUAAUACCCACAGUGAAUUAGUUUGCACGAAAAAGUUAGACAGUAUAGAAAAUAACUUGCCUUGUUCUGCUUGUACUUCACCUCUCUCUUUGCUAAAUGCAAAUCCCAAAACAAAAUGUGGAACAAGUUGGGAAGCCCUUGAAUCUGCCGGUUCUUUUGCUUCUGAUAGCCUCAUCUUUGAGGCUACGCUAGUUGACCCUCCCACUUGUGAAAAUUCAGAAAGCAGCAGUCUUGUAGAAGUAGAUGGGGAUUCUCAAGAUCUGCUGGUAACUGCAUGUGAAUACAAAAGAGAAAACAUGAGCCAGAUGGCUUCCCCUCUGAAACUAAGGCAAAAGCAGGACCCGGGACACAUUGGUGAGAGGAGCUCUGGAAAUAACACAGCUGUUGAGCUCUGUGUCGCUGCCCUGGAUUGCUCAAAUAACUUCAGGACUGCAAGGUGUCCGUUCCCCUUCCCAACAUACGGAAAUGUUGGCUUUUUACAUCAUUAUCAUCAGACUUCAGAUAUGCAAAAAAAUGAAAUGUGUACCUCCCAGAGAUCCCAGCUUAAUAUACACUCUCCUGGACUAAAGAACGCUUUGCCUUUCCCACCUUCUACAGCCAUCAAACAGGCUAGUCCUUGCAAAUCCAAGAGUCUUGGUGACUUGACAUCAGAGGAUAUUUCCUGCAAUUUUGAAAGUAAGUAUCAGUACAUAAGUAGAAGCUUUAUCACAUCUGGCAUGAGAGACAAGAAACUUGCUGCUAUGAAGAAUAUGAGACCACAUUCUACAGAUGCUCUGACAGAACAGCUGAGAAAAUUGGUAUCCCUGGACCAGGACGACAGCUUUCAAACAUUGUAUUCCAGGCAGAUUGAUGAUGACUGCCCAAAGGCACUGGUCAGAAAACUGUCGUCCAGAAGCCAGAGCAGAGUACGGAACAUAGCCAGUCGUGCCAAGGAGAGACAGGAAGCCAGCAAGCAAAAAUUUUCUAAUGUAAGUAGCAUAGCAGGAGUCGUUCUUCGGAACAAGCCUUCAGCAUCUCCUCACACCAUCAACAGGCAUUCAACGGGCUCUUACAUAGCCAGGUACCUGAAUGGAUUUGCUGGGGAAGAUGUGGAAGGCCGAGGAAUACCGGAGGGUGCGUGUGCUGCCCUGCACUAUAGGUGUGGUGACCAGCUGUAUGCACAUGAUUCUGUUCUGCAGCUGGAACCCAACAGUGAUGAUAAGCCAGAAAUAUAUUUCCUGCUGAGACUGUAGAUUGUAUAAAUGUACAUCUUCAAUGUUUACAAACUAUUUCAUUGAAAUGAAGGAUUUUUAGCAAGAAAUACUGUCUUGAGAAUUUAAAUUAUUUAGAAAUACAAUCUUAUGCUAGUGAUUCGGUCAUGAUUUAGUGUGCUCUUUCCUGUCAAAGCUUAUGUAAAUAGAAACUGUGCUCCAUUCUUACGUAUGUAUUACUUUAAGUUAGAAAUUGUAAAGUGAACUAGUCUGGGGAUUAUUUGCAUGCAGUAAGCAUUUGUAGCAUUUUGUAUUUGUCAUGCAUGUCAUUUUAACAGUCAAGCACAUCUGUGCUCAAGAGCAGAACAUUGCAAUGGAUAAAAAUUUUUAGUGAUCACUUUUGACCUUUGUCUUGCAAAUUCUACUAAGCAUAGGGCUUUCUGUUCUUAUUAGUUUCCUUGGAGUUAGACUACUGAGCUAGAACUCAUUCUGCCCAAAAGGCAGUGUUCUCAGAGUGAGACUCUUCAUUAGUAUAAUUGUUUUCAGUCUGACUGACUUGUACUAAACUAUUAGUUUUACAUGUUUCCGUGUAUGGACUAUGAUUCUACAGCAGGCAAUUUGUAGAAUUAGGGUUAGUCUAAAUUUUGUAAGUAAUGCGUAGGUUUGUCUUCCACCCACUUUAUGGAGUAUAAUGAUAGUUGUCUUUUUUUUGUCUACAUGUUGAAUGCUCAUUUUGGGACAGAGUGGAAUGAAAAGAAAUGUGGGAGUAAUUCUACAUUUAUGAAUGGAAAACACUUAAUUGCUGCACGCUUUAUGUAUUUUUGCUAUUGGUUGUGUUCGUAGCUUCAACAGAGUAGCAGAGUUGUUUUCUGUAUAUUUGUAAUUUUACUGCUAAAUUUUUGACAGUCAGUGGGAUAUUUAAAGCUGGUGUGGUAGUGUAACUACUUUGGCUGUCCAUCUUCACAUCUUUUUCUAUGAGUAUUAAAAGUGAAAUGAGUGAAUAAUCUCAAAAAUACCUGAGGCUUCCCUGUAGGGAACAACAUAGCUUUAUUUUGGUUUUAAGAUAUGCUUUGCCUUCACUGUAAGUUUUUUCUUAUAUGUAAAAGACAUGUACCUUUUACCUCUUUCUUUUGUAAUGCAGAGUAUUAUUAUUCUUGGAGAUAUCAUUAAAAUAGAUUUUUAAGCA